AUGAGAAUAUAUUACUUAUUUUUUUUCUUAAUUUUAAUACAAUUAAAUUUGGUUAAUAACCAAAACUUAAAUCAACCAAACAAUGCUAAUCCUUUAAAUCGUGAUUUUGAAAAAGACAUGGAAGAAUUGGAUUUGUCCGGAUUAGAAGAUGAUAUUGAAAACAUAGAAGAAAUAGCUUAUAAGGAUAGUUAUACAUAUUUGACUCAGAUUUAUAUUUAUGUUCGAAUUGAUGGUGAUUAUAGUAUGUACAAAAGCCAUUCGAAUUUAAUGAAGCUUGGAGAAAAAUACAUGACACUUUUACAAAAUGCAAUGCUUAAUGUUCAACUUAAAAAGAAUGGAGUUGGAGAGUUUAUAUGUUUUUAUCAAAAAAAAGAUAUUACAGAAAAUCUAGCCACAUAUUUUUUAAUUCAAAAGGAGAUAGAUUAUAUACAAAUAGGAUUUGAAAAGCGAUUUCCAGAAGGACGAAUUUCCCCAAUAGUAGACGCCGAGAAAAGAAAGACAAGUUCUGAAAAUAUAAAAGAUGAAUUAUAA